CCUCAGGUGGUAGACCAUAACUAUUCGGCCAUCUCAGAGUAGUGGGACCAGCGACCUCAACAACAAGAUCAACCCCAACAACCCCCCGUGAGUCUCUUCGCCACGGCACCCCACUCCGGCGUCUCCCGAUAAUCAAUAACAUGAUCAGCCCCAAGCAUCUCAAGAACCUUCACUUCGCCUUAGCCACACUACUCGUCGUAGCAAUAACACGAGCCCCAACAGCCUUACCAAACUGCACCGCAAAAAGACUCACCCCCCCCCCGGUACCCUGCGUAAGCAACCACUGUUCCGCCAAGAGCCGUUUCCCCGGAAGUCCAAAAAGCGCAUUCCACGCCGUCAGCCCCGCGCAGCUGAGCGUCGAAGCCUCCACGAAGCUCAGUCCCUUGGGCAUACGCACAAGACCCUGCUCGUUGAACGCUGCAAUGGAACGAAACGUCCCGUCGAGGGAACCGCCGAGGCCGGAUUUGGCGGUGAUUUCAUCGUUCGCGCCUGCGAGGAGGUGCUGUUGGAUGAUUGGUCACGACGUGGUCGCCGGGCUGGAAGCGGGUGACUUUGCUGCCGAUGGCUAGGACGGUCCCGGCGCUGUCGGAUCCGGGGAUGAUGUUGGGGGUUUAGGUCGAAGGGGUAUUUGUAUUUGCCCUUGUGUGAUGAGGAUGUCGCGGUACUGUUGGUGUAGUUAAACUAUAUGUAUAUAUGAGGUGUUGUGUGAAGGAGGCGCAC